AUGGUGCAACAGAAUCAGUUUGGAGGAGCUUCAACAGAAGAACCAAAUUCUCAUCUGGGGUCCUUUCUGGAGAUCUGUGAUACAGUGAAAAUGAAUGGCGUUACCGAAGUUGCAAUCCGACUUUGUCUAUUUUCCUUUUCCUUAAGAGACAAAGCUAAAGCAUGCGCAAUUGCGGGGUUGCAGAUACAAACCUUCUAUAGCGGUUUGAAUGGUCAGACACCUAUAGUGGUAGAUUCUGCAGCAGGGAGUGCAUUAUUAUCCAAGAUUCCAGAUGAGGCUUAUGCAUUAUUGGAUGAGAUAGCUACUAAUAACUAUCAAUGGCCGAGUGAGCGUCCAAGUGCAAAGAAAGUUGCUGGCCUUUAUGAGGUGGAUCCCAUUACCUCCGUUACAACUCAAAUGUCAUCUUUCACUAAUCAAAUAGCUGCAUUGACUUCAUAUGGAUCGCAAAAGAAAUCAGAAUCUAUUCUGGUUACAUCCACUGCAUACUAG